UGUUUUGCCAAACUUUCUCUUUUCAUCGAUGACAUGUAGCUUCCUACGUUGUACGUUCUGCAUGAUACUCAUUUACGUUUGCAAUUGAAAAUCAGUGAGUAUAAUGUGGCAUGAAUGAUGACCUAUUACAAUAUUUUUUUUGACUAGAUGCCCUCUUUCUUGUGCAGUACAAUUCCCACCCACUCCUCUUUCCUGAUAAGAUAUGUUUCAGUGCGUCUACGGAUCAAAUAUGUAAUUUUCUAAUCGCAGUCAAUUUUAUACACUAUAGUAUUAUUUUCCAGCGUACUCGAAGAGGUUGUAGUUCUAAUGAGUGCUUUGGCGUGUAUGCAGUGUCCCACGUUAUGGAAGGCAUCACAAGGUCAUGCAUGCAGCCUGGCCUCUAACCUGCACUUUUUACAAAACAGCCAGAGAGCCAUUGCGCUUCUAGUAGGUGCAGGCUCUUUCUUCAUCUAGCCUCCAUUCUUCCCCACUGCCUUCAACAGCCGAGAGUUCCCUAUGUUAACUCUGUUGAGUAUGUUUUACUAUAUCUGUCUGCGGCGACGCUCCAGGAGUGGAACUCGUGGUGAGGCACUGACCAGUCGGCGAGCAGUGGAGUCUGGCCAACGGGCGAUAUUGCCUGUCAGUGUGGAAGUGGAGCAGUACACCAAGGAGGUUUUGGACUUCAGCUCUCAUUAUGGCAGUGAGAAUAGUAUGUCCUACACUAUGUGGAACCUGGCUGGUGUGCCUAAUGUCUACCCCAGCUCUGGGGAUUUUACACAGACUGCUGUGUUCAGAACUUAUGGAACAUGGUGGGAACAAUGUGCCAGCGCUCCGCCACGUUUCCGGCGCACCCCUAAAGGUUUCUACAGCCAGGAUUAUAUUGAGCUGGGCUUCGAAGAGCCUGUUUACCCUACAGCUGUGGAGGUGCUUGAGACUUACUAUCCUGGGGCCAUUGUUCAGAUUCUAGCCUGCUCGCAUAACCCCUUUUCCCAAAAUCCGCCCACGGAUGUCAGGUGGGAGGUGUUGUGGUCAGGGGAGCCCACUAAGGUGCUGGCACCACAGGCUCGCCAGUUUUCACCUAACAUCAAGCACAUCAGUUUUCCCACCAACCUACUACGCCUGGAGGUCAACAGCUCUCUUCUGGAUUACUACACUGAGCUGGAUGCAGUAAUCCUACGCGGUGUGAAAGAGAGGCCCAUGCUUGCGCUGUACAAAAUGCCUGUCAUCGACAUCAUUGACCUGAGUGACAGCGAGGAGGACCUGUCUGAUUUGGGAGGUCCGUUCAGACAGGGUCCAGAUCGCAGGACAGGCAACGGCUACUUUGACAAACUACCCUACGAGCUCAUUCAGCUGAUACUGAGCCACCUGACCUUGCCAGACCUGUGCCGUCUGGCCCAGAGCUGUAAGAUGCUGCACCAGCAGUGUUGUGACCCACUACAGUACACCCAGCUGAGUUUGCAGCCCUACUGGGCCAGACUGAGUGACACCUCCUUGGGACACCUGCAGAGCCGCUGCACACGCCUCCAGAGGCUCAACCUUUCUUGGACUGGCAACCGUGGAGCUCUCACCCUGAAUAGCUUCAGCAGUUUCAUGAAGGUCUGUGGGCUCAGUCUGGUGCGUCUGGAGCUGUCUUGCUGCCACUUCUUGAAUGAGGCCUGUUUGGAGAUCCUCGCCCAGACUUGUCCAGGACUGCAGGAGCUAAACCUGGCCUCCUGCGACCGCCUUCCCCCACAGGCCUUCACACACAUUUCCAAACUUACACGCCUCCGCAGACUGGUGCUUUAUCGUACCAAGAUUGAGCAAACAGCUAUUCUUAGCAUCCUGACUUUCUGCAUUGAGUUGAAACACCUGAACCUCGGGAGCUGUGUCAGGAUUGAAGACUAUGAUGUCGUGGCCAGUAUGCUGGCUACUCGGUGCCGCUCACUAUGUUCACUGGACUUGUGGCGCUGCAGAAACCUGACAGAUCGUGGCCUGAAUGAGCUUGUCUCUGGCUGCAGAAUGUUAGAGGAGCUGGAAUUGGGCUGGUGUCUCACACUGCAGAGCAGCACUGGAUGUUUCCAACAUCUCGCCCGCAGCUUACCACGUUUACGCAAGCUCUUCCUCACUGCCAACCGAACAGUCCGUGACUCGGACGUCGAGGAGUUGGCUUCCAGCUGCCCCUUGCUACAACAUCUGGACAUACUGGGUACACGGCUUGUGAGUGCUGCCUCGUUGAAGAAGCUCCUCCAGUCGUGUCCACACCUGCUCCUCCUGGAUGUUUCCUUCUGCUCGCAGAUAGACACAAGGAUAGCCCAAGAGCUAUCGAGCCUCUUCCCCAGUGUAGCCAUCAAAAGGAGUUUCACGCACUGACCGCAGCAUGGUCUCAUUUCGCACUGCAUUCAGGAAGCUGGUGGAGGCAAAGUGGUGCGCAGCAGCAGAUGGAGAGAUGCUUCAGUAUCUUCUAUUAGUGGUCAGUAAAUAAGGCAGUCAAACUGAGGAUGCAGUAGAACAAAAAGAAACAACCACAAACUGCCAACCAGAGGGCGAUAUAAUGUGAGACGGAAUUAUUGUUGGACACUGGAGUGAAGAAACUGCAUCUCUGUAGAAUAUGAAAUGCCACUUCUGAAUAGGCCAACAACACAUGGCUACAUGCCUUUGACUUACAAAAUGACUCAAGGCAAAAGAAAAUAAGACAAAUGUGAAACUCAACCUUGGUUACAAAGUGCUGGGAAAGUAGCAAAAUGACUUUGUGUCUAGUGACCUCCAUCUUGUAAGAUGAAUGAUCAGGGCUUUGGUCAGUGCCUUCUCAGAGUGACCAUUAGACCAGCACUAUAUGUGCAAGUAUCAUAGACUACUCCAUUUUGAUGGCAAUAUGUAUAAUGCGCACCCAUGACUUUCUAUCCAUGGAUAUAUUUAUAUGCAAUAAAUGUUAGUGGGGUCCCCUCUUAAAUCA